CAUUUUGUUCACCCCUACGGCCCCUACCCGCAAAGAUCAGAAAACAAGCGCUCCCCAACAGAUCUGAGAACUGCCUGCUAUCUUUUAACAGCCACUGAAGCUUGCGCCGUCGGUGUCCCGGCCGUGUUUCCGGCGUUUGACCUCGAAUCCGAUCAACUAUACGCCAGUGUACUGCACGCGAUCUCUCCUCUGCAAAGGCACCUGAAGGAUCAUGGCUGGGCACGAUAAUUCUAAAGUGGCAAAAGAAAAAUCAAGCAAUGAAAUAGAUGAGUUGCCAACAUUCAAUGCUGAAAAUAUGCAGAACAAUGUGAAAAUCAUUUACUACAGCCGCACGUUCAUGGCCAUCAUUGGUGGUGUAAUUGCUGGAGUUUUGGGAUUAACUGGCCUGAUGGGAUUUAUAUUUUAUUUCCUUAUCAUGGGAAUUACGUCAGUAGGGUUGCUUGCAAAGGCCAAGUUUUCAGUCUUUUCAUACUUCGAAAGCUGGAACCGGAUCAUGCUUGAUGGAUUUCUAGGGGGGCUAAUGUCGUUCGUGCUAUUCUGGACACUUGCGUACGAUAUUGUCCAUAUAUUCUAAGGCUCUUGAAUCCAAAGGGAGACCGGUUAUGCAGCUGGAGGUACAUCUCUCAAAAACUCCCCCCGCCCCCCACCCCACCCCCCACCCCAGAUAACAUCUUGUAGAAUUGAAAUUCAAAUCUGAAUUUUGAUCCUAUUAUCUUUUCUGCCAUUUUCAUCAGUUCCAAAAAUUGUUCUGCAGUCUUUAAGAAAAUUGUUCUCUUUCUAUUGUACUUUAUUUGUCUUUUUUUUUGGCAUACGCAACCAUUUAGGGCAGCAUAUUGAAGUUUUGGCUGUUAAGAUACUUAUGGUUCAGUUUUAUUGGAAGUUACCUUAUACAAUCGGGUUGUCAUUAUAUAUAAAAAGCACUUUGGCAUAAUAAGCCUAUUUUGGCAUA